AUGCAGGGAAAUGAGGAAGAACAUAAGCCUAAAGAUCAGGAAGAUUGUAAGAUCAGAUCAAAAGCACCCAACACAAAGCGUAAAAGAUCAAACAUGGAAAAGAGCCUCGAUGUGUUUUGUGAAAGAUUUACUCAGAUAUCAAAACACGAAACAGAAAGGUAAAUCUACCUUUAUGUUAUCAAUCAAAACUGCUACAACACUGUUUGUUUUAGCUAGAAACUACAAAUCCUCAGGGCCAUGUUGUUCAAAACCGCAAUUAGCGCUGAUCCUGGAUUUAAUUGGUAAACAAAUUAGAUUGCAUUGCUUAAAGGCUGAUUAAUGCCAAUCUGACUCUAAUUGGUGGGCUAAAUUUCAUACAUCUCCAAAACGGGCGACAAUAUAAGGGGAUUUACAUCAAGUGCUAACCUAUAAUAUGGCAAAUAACUAAUCGGCCUCUCAUCGGGCUUUGAAUUACGUUCUCAGCUCCACUAAUUAGCUAACUCAAUUUUAGCAUUUUUAACCGACACUUAGGCUUAAUCAGAGGUUAGUUCAGGUGAGAUUUGGAACAACCAGCUCGAGAAGGAUAAAGUCCCAUUAAACAAAUAUUUUGGGUGUGAAGUUUUUUGAAAAUUUCAAUUUUAUAUUUUUAAUACAGGUACCUGAAAGCUGAAGAAGAUCGACACAAGCGAGAGAUAGAUUUUCAGAUAAAGCAAGCACAAUUGGAAAAUGAACGGCCACGUUCGGAAAGAGAACAUGAGAUGAAUGUUUUAAGAUUAAUAUUAGGUCAUGAGCAUGUUUCUACGGGACCUAUUCAUUAUGCUCCUAAUGACAAUUGGGAGCAAAAUUACCUAGGGAUGUCAGCCAAUUCAAUGCAUCAGCCAUCUGUUCCUACGCACUCUAGUAUGGACAAUAUUUCUGUUUCAGACUAA